ACCAUAGAGGAUGGGUUAUACCGUUCUAAUCCCUAUUUUACAGUUGCGGAAACUCAGAUAUAGAGAGGUUAAGGGACUUCCCUAAGAUUUUUAAAAGGUCAGUGGAUUCUCUGUUGAGAAAUGUUUCUCAAGGAAGCUAUAGCAGAAGCAGUGAGACAAGGAAUCAAAGAUCUAAUUUUGUUGUGUGGCCGGAUUUUCCUACUGCUUGCUCUUCUUACAGUAAUUAUUUCUGUGACUACUUCAUGGGUUAACUCGUUUAAAUCUUCCCAAGUCUAUCUGAAAGAAGAAGAAGAGGAGAAUGAGAAAAGGCAAAAACUUGUGAGGAAAAAACAACAAGAGACACAGGGUGAAAAGGCCAGCAGAUACAUAGAGAAUGUUCUAAAACCUCACCAGGAAAUGAAAUUGAAAAAGCUGGAAGAACGCUUUUAUCAGAUGACGGGUGAAACCUGGAAGUUAAGCAAUGGUCAUAAACUUGGGGGUGAUGAAGAUUUGGUGCUCGAAAGUGAGAGUCAGACAUCUUUUGAAACAUCAAACAGAGAAGCAGCAAGAAGACGGAACUUGCCUAAUUGUUUAACCAAAGUUUCACCACCCGCUGAACAGCCCAGGCAGAAGGAGGUUCUUAAUUUACCUGAAGAACCUCCUGAAACAGCUGAAGAAGUAGUGACUGUUGCUCUCCGAUGUCCUGGUGGGCGUGUCCUGAAGAGAAGGUUUUUUAAGUCUUGCAGUUCACAGGUCUUGUUUGGCUGGAUGAUGAAAAUUGGGUACCACCCAUCCCUAUACAGCCUCUCCAGUUCCUUUCCCAGAAGGCCUCUGGAAGUGGAGGGAGGCUGGUCACUGCAGGACAUAGGAAUAACCAUGGGUACUGUCCUCAAUGUGGAAAAGAAAGAGCAGAGCAGCUAGUUAAGAAAUGAGACCUGCCUGUUCUACACGAGUCAAUUGUGCCAUGACCUUACAUGACAAUAAAGGAUUCCCAUUAAAAUCGUGUCUGUUACCUUGACUGAGCUCAAGGCAGUAAACACUCUCCAUGGGAACAUAUGGACAUAAAGGAGUAGAAAAGGAUUGCUUUCUGCAUAUAGUAAUUUUUGGAGUGUGCCAUCUGACAGUGUCCCAGAUGAGAACUAGAUAGAAAUGAGCACAGUAAGGUACUCACUCAUUUAUAUUUUCCCUAGCUGAUGUCAUUUAGCAGUUUGUUGAAAAACAAAGUCGUGUGACUUCGUUCUCUGUCUUCCCACACUGAGCAUUUCACAGUUCAGCCAGCCUCUUUUAAAGUCUUAUACGUAGGAAUGUUUAUUCCACUGUAUUUCUAGAAAUUAAACUUUGAAGACGUUUCAAA